UUUUAAAUUGAAAAGUUCAUUCUUUUGGGAUUUUUUUUUUAAAUAGACAGGUUUGCUCGAUCGUUGGCGGAAAUCCGACCAGUUUUGGAUGUUCUUCGUCAUGGACGUGACCAUCUUCGAUCCUGACUUGAUUCACUCCAUUUUCAAGCACAUUUGGGCUCGACGAUUUCGCAGACGGGAGAAUAACGAUGUCACAGAUGCUGCAGAAGCCGAGGUUGUUCCUGGAACAUCUAAGAAGAACAGACCCACUUCUGCUAAUGCAAAUGCCCUGAAGCUCAGUUGUGAGCUGCUCAAGAAUUUCAUCACAGAGGCCAUGCAGCGAGCUGCUAUGAUUGCCGAAGCCGAGGGCAUGGAGAAGAUUGAACCUACACAUUUGGAGAGGAUUCUUCCCCAGCUUCUUUUGGACUUUUAAGGUAGUGAUACGAUAUCUUCAAUUUUCUUGGUCUUGAUGUGUUUUUCCUCCGUGCUAAUCUCAAGUGUGAAGUUAGGAAAUCUGAUAUCGAUAUAUUCUUGAAUUUUUUUGCUUGUUUGUUUGUUUGUUUCACCAGUUUCAUGAAUCUUAGUCUUGUACUCGUGUAAAUA